UGAAUAUUCUGGAAAAACACUCGCAAUCGUUUUUUUUUUGCUUUCUGCUUCCUGCCAAAUGCGCUGCUAUAGCCAUAACCUCACCACAAAUGCACACAAAACAAUCGAGCUGUCAAACGCUUGGGAAGAGAGCAACACCCAAGCAACACGGUGGGAAGGGGAAACAAUUCGCGGCCCUUCAUAACGCCUCACACGGCACCCUAGGGAGGCUUCGUAGGGCGGUUCGGGAGCGAUGGUUAAUAGAAACAUAAAAGAAGAAUCAACAAUCAAAAUCCAGGAGCUGGCAUACGAGAAUGAAGGCAACAACAGUGCGCCAGAAGCAUGAACCAACGCCACUCAGCUGAAGCAUCCUCCUCGAAAGCAAAGCACAAUGGAAAAGACCGGCAGACGGAAAGCAUCCCCAGUAAAACCAUGAGCAACGAGCCGGGCACCGGCCGGGGGCCUAUCCCCAACAAACCGUCGGACACGUCCGAGCACGACGCCGUGAACGUCCGGUUCGUCGAGCGGCGGGAGCCGGAGCGAGCGUUCUGUCUUUCCUGCCGGUCCGAGUUUACCUUCUCGCUGCUGAACGACAUCAUCCAGCACUAUCUGGACCGGCGGCACGAACCGUGCUGCCGCUGCCUGUACUGCGACGGGCCGAUGUACCGGUACCGGGACGGGAAGGGUCAGGUACAGUACUAUCACGAUUGCCAACGGUGGAGACGCCACCUGGACCGUGCGCCCUGAGGCGUGGUUUUUUUUUCGGAAGGAUAAAUUCGGUCGAAUGCAGCUGCUUUCUUCCUUUACUGCCGACGAAUAGUAAUAUCGGAAGUUUAAAACAAUUUAUACGUACCGUUUACAUCACUCAAAUGUCUCAACCACUCAACCCGGCCGUCUGCGUCGUGCAAGCAUUCCAAAUUAGGCGUCGGAGAUAACUAUUCCCUCAGUUUUAAAACGAUCCUAUGACUACCGCAAUGACGAGUGUGGUUGGCUGAGCCGGCGUAGGGAAAUAAUGUACAGGCGGUCCCCGAGAUACACGGUUAUUGGGGACCGAAAACGGCCGCAAAAUACCGCGUAUCUCGAAUUUCCGCGUAAGUCGAAUCUCGUGAUUUCCAGCCAAAA